CCGCGCUUUUCCAAGCUAUUGUUCAUUGUUCUCAGCUCCUUUUCAAGGCGCGCUUCUGCUCCCUGGGGUGCGUUUCUUGAAUCUGCCCGAGAUCCCAACUUUGACAGCAUUUAAACCAGCUUCACAACGUCGCAUUCUCCCUCGGUUUUUGCCACGGCUUCCACGCCAAUUUAAAGCCAUGGCCGGAAUAUUCUUCCUCGGGACCCUCUCCAUUCUCGCGUCUGCUGCUGCCGCUGCAGGUGUCUCUCGCCCCAACCCGCCAGACGGAUGGGUCCGCGUUGGCUGUGUCUCGAUCGAUCGCCAGGAUUUCCCCACCGAGUUCAAGCCUCUUUCUCAGGAUGAUUGCAUCUCUCAGUGCGGUUCCUCCAAGACGGGCAGCCACUUCGCCGCCAUUGGAGACGUUUGUCGGUGUGCCAGCAAAAGCCUCGAGGGAAUCAGUGUCGUCACUUCGGACGACGACAGAUGCAAAGCUUUCUGCUACAUCGAUGACCCGGAUGUUGGAACCUGCGGAGCGUUGAUGGGUGGAAUACAGUAUUACGACCUCUACAAGCAGUCAUCCGACGACAUCACCGUUACUAAGAAGCCCGGCUACCCUCCUCCCAUCGGCACAGUGGCCACUGCCGCGGAGACCAAGACCGCCGAUUCUGAAUCCUCCACGACGGAGUCUGGUUCUGCUUCAGCUGCUUCGACCAAGUCGGCUACGGCCACUGCUGCCUCGAACAAGGCAACUGCUGCAUCGAACACGGCAACAGCUGCCUCAAACACGGCAAAGGCUUCAGAGACUUCUACGAACGCGGGCUCUAACUCAAAUCCAUACGCCUUCGGUGCGGUUUUCACUGCCACGCUUUUGAUCAUAGCCUCUUUUAUUGUAUAGUCGUCUAGUGAUGGAAUUUUGCCAAUAAAUAAUGCUGGUUGAUCAUACUCGAUCAAUCAGCCAGCUCACUACACCUACCACUAUUGAAAUUGUCUGCCUUAUUGAGAUACGUGUGUCCAUUGUAACGCGGGUCUCCAUGAGGCGGGCGAGGGCGCUGCCAGCCUACCUACGGCAGUUGAGGAGGACGUACUUAUUCCAAUAAGUAUUAUGCUAGCUAUGAAC